CGGGACAAUUUCCAUCUUAUUCAACCUCUCUCAGUCACCCGUCCUAGUUCUUCCCAUAUCCCAGGCCCCUUUUCUGCCUUUAAAUAGCCCAGAACAGCCGGGAAACGUAAACAUGCACGCACCUACCAAGUUUGCCCUCGGGCUUCUCGCGGCGGCCGCCGUGGCCACUGCCUCCGAUGUUAUCCAGUUGAAGAAGGACACCUUCGAUGACUUCGUCAAAACCAACGACAUUGUUCUUGCUGAAUUCUUCGCACCUUGGUGCGGCCACUGCAAGGCCCUUGCCCCCGAGUACGAGGAGGCUGCUACCACCCUCAAAGAGAAGAACAUCAAGCUCGCUAAGAUCGAUUGCACUGAGGAGUCCGAGUUGUGCCAGCAGCACGGCGUCGAGGGCUACCCUACCCUUAAGGUCUUCCGUGGCCUCGAAGUCGUCUCCCCCUACAAGGGCCAGCGCAAGGCUGCUGCCAUCACUUCCUACAUGAUCAAGCAGUCCCUUCCCUCCGUCUCCGAACUCAACAAGGACAACAUUGAGGAGUUCAAGAAGGCCGACAAGGUCGUCAUUGUCGCCUACCUCGAUGCUGCUGACAAGGCCUCCAACGAGACCUUCUCCAAGGUCGCCGAUAAGCUCCGCGACGAGUACCCCUUCGGUGCCAGCAGUGAUGCUGCUCUCGCCGAGGCUGAGGGUGUCACCGCCCCUGCCAUCGUCCUCUACAAGGACUUCGAUGAGGGCAAGGCCGUCUUCACUGAGAAGUUCGACCCCGAGGCCAUUGAGAAGUUUGCCAAGACUGCCUCCACCCCCCUCAUCGGUGAGGUUGGCCCCGACACCUAUGCCGGCUACAUGUCCGCUGGCAUUCCCCUCGCCUACAUCUUCGCCGAGACCCCCGAAGAGCGCAAGGAGCUUAGCGAGGCCCUCAAGUCCAUCGCUGAGGCCCAGCGUGGUGUCAUCAACUUCGCUACCAUUGAUGCCAAGGCUUUCGGUGCUCAUGCCGGCAACCUGAACCUCAAGGCCGACAAGUUCCCCGCCUUCGCUAUCCAGGACACCACCAAGAACCUGAAGUUCCCCUUCGACCAGGAGAAGGAGAUUACCGCCGACUCCAUCAAGAAGUUCGUUGAUGACUUCGUUGCUGGCAAGGUCGAGCCCACGAUCAAGUCUGAGCCCAUCCCCGAGACCCAGGAGGGCCCCGUUACUGUCGUCGUCGCCAAGAGCUACGACGACAUUGUCCUUGACGACACCAAGGAUGUUCUUAUCGAGUUCUACGCUCCCUGGUGCGGUCACUGCAAGGCUCUCGCUCCCAAGUACGACGAGCUUGCUACCCUCUAUGCCAACUCCGAUUUCAAGGACAAGGUUGUCAUUGCCAAGGUUGAUGCUACCCAGAACGACGUUCCCGAUGAGAUCCAGGGCUUCCCCACCAUCAAGCUCUACGCUGCCGGUGCCAAGGACAAGCCCGUUGAGUACUCUGGCCCCCGCACCGUUGAGGAUUUGAUCAAGUUCAUCUCCGAGAACGGCAAGUACAAGGCUUCUCCCCCGGCUGAGGCUGAGGAAUCCGUUGCCGCUUCCGCCGAGUCUGGUUCCUCCACCGAGACUGGCACCGUCGAGGAGCCCGCCAAGGAGACCAGCCACGACGAGCUCUAAAGGGUCAGUCGAGACGAGACAUUAAGUAUUUAAUAGCAUCAUCAUUUAUGGGUUUUACUGGGAACAAGGGUCUUUCGUUGGGCAACAGCAAUAUUCGGGAAAGAAGCGGCCUAGUACGGAUCUGGGAGUAAGAUACCAAAAGGCAUGUUUGUGAGGGAAUUCAAUAUAGUCUAUCAGUUGUUAGCGGAAUCUACAAAAACACGCACAAGAUACAAAUCAG